GCGGUUUUCAUUGUUCUUUUUCUUCAUUUCCUCCUCCUCAGACUCAGAAGCAGUACUUAUUGUUUUGUUUUUCUCUCUUUCACUCGUACGCAAAUUCUAGGAGCAAAAGUUGUAAGAAAUGGCAGACGUUGAUGACAUUCAACCACUUGUUUGUGAUAAUGGAACCGGUAUGGUCAAGGCUGGUUUUGCUGGAGAUGAUGCCCCAAGGGCUGUUUUUCCAAGCAUUGUUGGGCGUCCUCGUCACACUGGAGUGAUGGUUGGAAUGGGGCAGAAGGAUGCCUAUGUUGGGGACGAAGCCCAGUCAAAACGUGGUAUUCUGUCGUUGAAGUAUCCUAUUGAACAUGGUAUAGUGAAUAACUGGGAUGACAUGGAGAAGAUUUGGCACCACACCUUCUACAAUGAGCUUCGAGUUGCUCCAGAAGAGCAUCCUGUUCUGCUUACUGAAGCACCUCUCAAUCCAAAGGCCAAUCGUGAGAAAAUGACUCAAAUAAUGUUCGAAACCUUCAAUUGCCCUGCAAUGUAUGUUGCAAUUCAAGCUGUUCUGUCUUUAUAUGCUAGUGGUCGUACUACUGGUAUUGUUUUGGAUUCCGGAGAUGGUGUUAGCCACACAGUUCCAAUCUAUGAAGGUUACGCGCUUCCGCAUGCGAUCCUACGUCUUGACCUUGCUGGCCGUGACCUCACAGAGCAUUUGGCAAAAAUCCUCACCGAACGUGGAUACUCAUUCACCACCAGUGCUGAGAAGGAAAUUGUUAGGGACAUGAAGGAGAAGCUAGCAUACAUUGCUCUUGAUUUUGAACAGGAGUUGGAUAUGGUUAAGUCAAGCAGUACUGUUGAGAAGAACUUUGAAUUGCCAGAUGGCCAAGUGAUUACCAUUGGAGCAGAGCGUUUCCGAUGCCCAGAGGUGUUGUUCCAGCCUUCCACCAUUGGAAUGGAAGCUGCUGGUAUCCACGAGACAACAUACAAUUCUAUAAUGAAGUGUGAUGUGGAUAUCAGGAAGGAUCUCUACGGGAAUAUCGUACUUAGUGGUGGAUCCACUAUGUUUCCUGGUAUUGCUGACAGAAUGAGCAAGGAAAUCACCGCCUUAGCACCUAGCAGCAUGAAGAUUAAGGUGGUGGCUCCCCCUGAAAGGAAGUAUAGUGUUUGGAUUGGAGGUUCCAUCUUGGCAUCCCUCAGUACCUUCCAGCAGAUGUGGAUUGCUAAGGCAGAGUUCGAUGAGUCUGGCCCCUCAAUCGUGCAUAGGAAGUGCUUCUAAUGAGAUAAAGAUAAUCUGUCUCUCUGAUAGCUAUUCCUAUGUUCUUUUUGAUUUGUUUCUGGAUAGCAGCUUUUAGAUAGUUAUUGGUUGUGGACUGUGUUCUGGUCUCUAGUUUUGUUUCAUUGUCAAUGAUGAUGUUGUCGUAUUUCCAUGUCCUCAUUUUUCUCUUUGUUUCUAAUAUAGUAACAUUUUAAGAGGACGAAUGUAAUAAAUUGUUCCAACUCAGUACUUGAAGUGAUCUUUUUAUUAAUGCAUUGUUCAAGGAAGUUCUGUUAUA